AUGGAAGAAAAAGUUCGAAACCUAAUUCUUGGGUGCAUCUCAGUUUUGGGAGGCGUUUUAAUCCAUUUCGCCUUUGGUUUCUUCUAUAGUACUGCUAACAUUGUACCCUAUAUUAUUAGUUACAUCGUAGUACGGGUUGACCCGGAAUUGCCAAAUACAUCAUCAGUUUGGAUAUCUGGUAUUGCUUUGGCAAUGCAGGGCGUUUCUAUGCCAUUUGGUGGAUUGGUUGCCAGGAAGUGGGGCUUUCGUAUUGUUGUUGCUGUCAGUUGUUUACUUGAUAGCAUUAGUAUUUUUCUGACUUACGUCACUGUACAGAGGUCCUUUCCUGGAGUCAUCAUUACGUAUUCUGUGCUGCAAGGGUUGGGUCUGGGUUUUGGCUAUUCCGUAGUAUUGUCUGUGGCCGCAACGUGGUUUCCAAAACGACGUGGUCUCGUAGUUGGUGUGAUUGUUGGUGGCUUUGGCUUAGGAGCCCUGGUGUUCACUCCGAUCGAAACUGCUUUAAUAAAUCCAAGCAAUAUCCCUGUUGACCCGAAAACAAGGCAUUUUACGCAUCCUGAUAUCCUUGAUCGGGUUCCAGUUGCGUUUUUGAUUCUUGGUGGUAUUCUUCUUGCAUUACAAGUAAUUGGAUUUAUAUUAUUGCGUCCAAAACCACUUGAAAGUACACAAGAUCGAGACACAGAACUGGUUUUAUUGGACGUUUGCGUUCAACCCAAACAAUUGUUUCAUUAUAUAGACUUUUAUCUUUUAUGGUUUGUAAUGUUCUGUGACAUUAUACCAAUCACUAUAAUAACAUCGGCUUAUAAACUGUUUGGUGCUCAGUAUAUUGAUGAUGACCAAUUCUUAUCCAUUGUGGCUACAUUUUCAUCUCUUUUCAAUGCCGGUGGUCGUGUUAUUUGGGGUGCCAUUGUUGAUCGAUUAUCCUUUAAGAUACCAAUGAUGAUCAUGCUUGUAAUUUGGGCAAUAGUGCUAUUAUCAUUCCCACAUAUUGGGUCACUGUCAAUUGUUGGAUUAAAAGUUAUGUAUGCUAUUUGGACGGUUGGCAGUAUUCUCUGUGCGAUCAUUACAUACUUCAUUAAUACCCCGAAUGCUUAUUUGGUACAAUUUACUGGUUGUGGUUGCGUGUGCAUAGUUGCUCUAAUCGCCAGCGUUUGGAUAGAAGACCGAAAAAUGUCAAAGCGUUGUAAAAUCUGCAAUUGUUGCACUACUAUGUGUAAAUCUCUACGAGUUGGAUAUCAUGGUAUUGAAGGUACAGAGGCAAUAUUAGAUGAUACAAGUUGA